AGCUGCCCGGCUCUCACCGAUCGCGAGGCUCGCACUCCAGACGCAGUCGAGACUGCAACGGCGUCAUAUCAUCGCUCCUAGCUUGUUGCGCGCCGAUAUAGGAUCUCGGUGUGAUUCAAAUGGCGACGAAUGGCGUCGUCCUGUUGUGCGCCUCUCUGCUGGCGGCGGCCGGCGUGAACAGCUUGGACAACGGUCUCGCCCGGACACCUCCCAUGGGCUGGCUUACAUGGAGCCGCUUCAUGUGCAACGAGUGUGCACUGGGCCUGCACGAGAACUGUCUCACUUCUGAGCUCAUCCUUCAAAUGGCAGACAGAAUGGUUGAAGACGGGUACCUGGCUGCCGGCUACGAGUACCUGAUAAUCGAUGACUGCUGGAGCCACGCCGACAGAGACGUGCACGGAAAGCUCUUCGCUGACCCCAAGCGUUUCCCCGAGGGAAUGAAGAAUCUCACCGAAGAGGUUCACCAGAAGGGACUGAAGUUCGGUAUAUACGCCGACAUCGGCGUGAAGACGUGCGGAGGGUUUCCCGGCAGCUACGGAUACUACACGACCGACGCCCAGACGUUCGCUGAUUGGGGCGUCGAUUACGUCAAGGUGGAUGGCUGCAACGCAAAUCCCAGAGACCUGGACACGUUGUAUCCAGAAAUGGGACGGGCUCUGCUCGCAACAGGACGCGACAUGGUGUACUCUUGCGAAUGGCCUUUCUACCAAAUCAUAGCCGGUAUACUGCCUGAUUACAAGAACAUAUCCAAGAACUGCAACUUGUGGAGGAAUUACUUUGACAUCAACUACACAUGGGAGAGCAUUACUAAUAUAAUAAACUUCGAAGCAACCGUUCAAGACAUUGUUGCGAAUGUGUCUGGACCGGGUGCCUGGACCGACCCCGACAUGCUUGUUAUUGGAAACUUCGGUUUGACAAUCGAGCUGCAACGUGCUCACAUGGCAUACUGGGCCAUCAUGGCCGCACCGCUGAUCAUGUCCAACGACCUCAGACACAUCUCACGGGAAUCUAGAGACCUCUUACUCAACAAGUAUAUCAUCGCCAUCAACCAAGAUCCGCUUGGAUUGAUGGGAAGGCGCGUCCAUAAAGGAAAAGACCUCGACAUCUGGGCUCGCUGGGUGACUCCGGAACUUGCCGACGGAAAGCUGUCACUGGCCGUUCUGGUGUAUAACACAAAAAAUCUCGGUGGUCCGGUGCAGACUUUCGUCACGCUCCAAAGCCUCAACCUGGACAGUCCCACGGGCUACCUCGUCACAGACCUCAUCCGCAACAAUACCGUCGUCGGAAAGUUUUACCCAGAGCAAAGCAUCAACGUCACGGUUGCCCCCAUGGACGUGUUCUUCUUUAAGGCUACCGCACUCAGUGGCAUGCACGACGCAGUUUUAUAGGACAAUUUUUUGCUUCAUUUCCCGUGUUUUCUAGGCCCUAGAUCUAGAAUACGUCAUAGUAAGCCAUGAUCACUCUGCUCAAUGCCUGCUUUUAGCAUUGUGUUGAUAGAAUACUUUUAAUUUUCUGCAAUUGUGGAAAUAC